CCCCCGGGCCUCGUGCUCAGUUUGAGUGUUCUUGAGUUAAAAGUGGCAAGUAUGGCACGGAUGUAAACAAGGUCACGGCCUUGACCCUUACAAAGCGGGACUUCCUGUAGUAUAAAAGUGAGCUUUGCUUUCUUGCACUUGAUCUGAGAGAUCGGGUGCAGUAGCGCCGACAUAAAUGGGAUGAUGGCCUCCUCAUCAUGUGCCAAGAAAAAUAACAGAAAAAGUGCCAUCAGAGAGCGCACAUGUCUGACCAACUACAUGGGAUUCCUUAACCACAUGAGAAAACAGGGCAGCCUCUGUGAUGUGACCCUUGUGGUUCAGGGAAAACGCCUUGCAGCACACAGAGCAGUGCUAGCUGCAGCCAGCCAUGUCUUCAGACUUAUGUUCACCACCAGAAUGAAGGAGUCUGUGUCUCCUGAGGUGGAGCUCAGGAGUGUUGAGCCUGAGAUUCUUGAGCUGUUGCUUGAAUAUAUUUAUACCUCACAAAUCACAGUGGACAGUACUAAUGCAGAGUCAUUGCUGAAUGUGGCCAACCAGUACCAGAUUGAACCAGUGAAGAUGAUGUGUGCGAAGUUCAUUUUUGGACAGAUUGAUGCAACAAACUGCCUGGGCAUUUCAGUACUCUCAGACCGCAUGAACUGUCCAGAGCUGAAGGCAGCAGCAGAGGAGUUUUCCUAUCUCCACUUUACUGAUGUCUGCAGACUGGAUGAAUUUCUAAAUCUGGACAUUGCACAGCUCGCGCAACUACUGCACCAGGACAAACUCACUGUCUACUGUGAGACACAGGUUUAUGAUGCUGCAGUGCGCUGGCUAAAGUAUAACAUCCCAAGUAGACAACAGCAUAUUGUGGAUGUUUUGAGGUGCAUUCGCCUACCUCUGGUCCCCAAAACCUUCCUGUUAGAAACUGUAAAGACUGAGCCGCUCUUCCAGGACAACCCACACUGUUUACAGAUGAUCACCCGUGCAAUGUGGGACCUUGGAGAGCUCAGCCAACCACGUCGCAAGAAGUACGACAACUGCAUUGGUCUGUUUAAUGGUAACCGCUGCUACUACUUUGACCCCAAGGAUUACAGCUGGAUGAGCAUCAACUGCAAACUGUCAAAAUGCCAGAAUACCACAGCUGUCCUCUGGAAUAGGGUGGGCUCCAUUUUAGGUGGCUCACACAGCUUUCACAUCAAACACACAGACUUCUACAACAUUCUGAGGAAUAGAUGCUCCAGGCCAGGGCCACCAACACCUCGUGAGAACAUGUCUGCGUGUGUUUUUGAGGGCAAGAUCUUCACAUCUGGAGGAUCAGAAGCGGGUGGGUCAGCUGUGGACCUCUUUGAAAGUUAUGACACAAUGACAGAGUCAUGGCAGGUCAACACCAGCAUGCUAGUGUCCCGCUGCAGUCAUGCCUCAGUGGAGGCCAAUGGGCUCAUUUAUGUUUGUGGAGGACUGACUGGCAACAGUGUUUCUGGUAGACUCCUCAGGAACUGUGAGGUCUAUGACCCCAGCACACAACAGUGGUCUUGACUCAGUAGAAUACUAUGAUAUUACCACUAACAAGUGGAAUGCUGCCUCAAGGAUGCCGUGGAGAAGUCUCACAGUGAAAUGUGUGCCUGUCGGUGACGUCAUUUUUGUGCUGGCAGGCAGGGGACUAGGGGCACAGUGCCUCACAAAUGUCCUAGAAUACCACACAAAAACCAAUAGGUGGGUAACAUCCAAAGCUCAAGCUUUUUUCUCCACCAGCUGCAUUAUCUGCACGGUUGGUCCAUGAGAGUUCAUUGAAGGCAGCCGCAAAAUGUUUUUAUUUGCCUCAUCCUCAUAGGACAAGAUACACAUUUGAUUGUUAUGAUGCUUGUUUGAGACCCCUAGGAUUCCUGUAGUGGAAUAGUAAACUGAUUUGCACAAGGACCUACUACUGAAAGGGUUACUCAUCACAAUAUUUAAUGUGCACGUUUACAGAAUGGUUAUGUUCUUUUAACUUUGUUUAGCAGUAAAAAUUCUCUUGCUUGUAAAUGUUUGGAAGAUAUGUGCUGUGUUUUUAUUGAUUCAUGACUAAUUUAAUAAAAGUGCUCUGCUAAGGAUUUGAAA